AGUGAGAGAGGGAGAGAGGUACCGAGAAAGGAGGAGCAAACACCAAGUCCGGCGGAUCUCUGCUCGGACCGACCUCGCGACCGUCGUCCACCGCUCCACCAACUCUCCUGCUCUCCCUGCGAGCUUCCGAUGGCGGCGAGGGUUCCCAACAAAGGAUCUCUCAACCAAAAGAGAUCACGAUCAGCAGCUACCCAAGACGUCUCUGCGUCUAAACCUCCGAAAGAAGCUCCUCCGACAUUCUCCACCAAGAAAGAGUUGAGGAGCGGGACGAUAACUGAGCUCACUGAAAGUAGUGCAGAAAUCACCAAGGGACAAAGCCCUGAAUUGAAGUUCUCGAAAAAGGACGAGGCACGUGAUGCCAUAGAGCGCUUCAAGAACAUUCCUUUCAAACCAUCCAAGUUUAUCAGUAAGGAUACGGUGAAAGAACUUGGGAUAGAGGGCUGUGUUGAUUACAUCUUUGACAAAUUGGGUUGGACAAAGCUUUGUAAGGACAUCAAUCCGACCUUCAAAUCUGUCGCUGUAGAGAUCUUGGCUACAUAUCACUGCUAUUUCCCCGAAGAUGGUACAAUUGAGGAAGCUUACAUGGAAUUUCGUCUGAACCGUAAGUGGGUUCGACUCACUAUGGGGCAAGUAGCCGAAGCACUUGAAAUCCCGAAGGGUUCUACUUGGAAGAUACCUACAAUCUCGUCCCGUGCACUUCAGAAAUUCUGGAAGCAAAUUGCAAUCCGAGAGUUCUCUAGCUCAACUGCACGAGCAUCACAUAUCCAGCAUCCAGCGAUCCGCUAUGCACAUCAGAUUAUAGCAAGCACGAUCCUAGCACGUCAUGAACCAGGAAAGGUACACAAGUUGGACCUCGCCUACUUAUAUGAGGCAUUGCUGGAGUUUCAUGGGGGAUGGAGUCUAAACUCAUUCUCGAGAUCUGGUUGGACAACACUAGAUACUGCAUCGAGGAUUACAAUCUACAUUGGUAUUCUAUCCCAGACCACAGCAAAGAACGUGAACAUAUGCAUUGGCGGUAUCCUUAAAAAGAUAGCACGGAGGGUCAACACAGGAAUCACUUUUCGCAUACCCGACUCAUCCAUAGAAGAUUCUCAACUAGAUGUUGAAACAUUGAAACUGAGAAGUCACAUAGAAAAGGGCACAGGGUCUUGGAUAUUCGCAGAUUCGAGUGAAGUUAAGAGAUCUGUGAAACUUUCCACCGAGGAGAUAGCAACGUUCAGCGUCGAGACACUACGGUUAGAUUUCCUCAACGCAAGGCCAAUCCGAGCAGAAGGAGGCAUAGGAAUACAAGGAGCUCAUACCCACAAUGCCAAACUUGACCUCCUCAACCAGAAUGUGGAAGCAAUGCGUACACAGAUUGAUGUCAAUACAGCUACCCUCGAGACCCUGACCGAGAAACUCUCAUCUCUUGAGAAUCUUCUCCAAGAAAAGAUCAUGAGUAUCGAGACUAAUCUCACGGAUGCAGUCGAGCGUUCUCAACGCCACAUAGUGCGAGAAGUUCAGAAACUCCUCAACGACCAAGCUGGACACACUUCGGAACCCGAGGGUACUGAAUAUGACCCCAUGAACGCAUUCGACACUGAGAUGGCAGACCACAGCGAAGAAUGAAGGACGAGAGCAUCGAAGACAAU